AUGCGAAGACUUUCUGGGAACCCGUACACGCUGAACCUGGAGGACGUUUUCGAGGACGACAGCUUCGUCCAUCUAAUUAUGGAGCUUUGCGAGGGUGGUGAUUUAUUCGACGACAUCAGCAGCCAUGGCUUUAUGACAGAAGCACAAGCAGCAGCAGUCUUUGAGGAGAUUGUCCUUGCCGUUAUGCAUUGCCAUGAGCACGGCGUUCUACACCGCGACUUAAAACCGGAAAAUAUCCUUCUUGUACAGAGAUCAGGCGUUAGGGAGCAAGCGGGAACAGAUGACUGCAAGUCGCCUUCAAAAUGCUUCUCAUUGACGCCGAGGGUCAAGCUUACUGAUUUCGGGCUUUCUCUCUUCGUGGACGCUCACAAGCAGGUUUACGGUGUCGCUGGAAGCCCGUUCUACCUCGCUCCAGAAGUUUUAUCCGGAAAUUACGGCCACGAAGCAGACAUCUGGUCUCUUGGUGUCAUGCUGUACAUGCUUCUCUCGGGUUCAGCUCCUUUCUUCGGGGAAUCGGAGGACGAGGUCCUCGCAGCCGUCAGGCGUGGAAAGCUUUCGUUUUACCGGCCGAUUUGGGGGUCAAUCUCGCCGUUCGCGAAAGACCUGAUUCGGUGCCUGCUCCGGCAGGAUCCAGCAAAGAGACCGACUGCUAGCGACAUACUCCAGCAUCCGUGGUUCACCGAGGUGUUCCGAUCGCAGCAGCAACAGCAACAGCAGCAGCAGUCAGCGCAGGAGCUGCAGAACGAGCAUUCCGAACAGGUGGUAGAUAGCUUAGAAACCGAUACAUCGAUCGACAACGCAAGCCAAUGCAUGUGUACAGGCAUUGCCCACUCUUCCCCCAGUCCCGCCAUGCACUCGCAAUCCCACCUCCCCAGCUCGCCCGUCUCUCAUCUCCAAUGCUCAGCCGAGUUCAGCCCCGUGGUUUCCAGGAAGCUACCGCAUGCUUCCCCGCAAACCCCGCCGAGGUUGGAGCUCGAGACUCAUACCAGCUUGCUGUGUGCGAGCUCACGGCUAAGCCUCUCUUCGUCUCUCGCCUCCUCGUCGGUGGAAGAAGGGUCGGUAGAAACAGACGGAGCUAGAUCGGAGCAGAUUGAAGGUUCGGAAUCGGUCGCAGGGGAAGCAGCAGCAGCAGCAGCAGCGGGCGUUCAGGAGGAGCCGCUGAAUGUGGUUCCUUCGUUGUGGGGUCUGUUUGGAGGGUAUAAUCCGAUUGUGAAACCGGAGGAGAUAGACGCUUCAGAUUUGGUAGCUUCAGAAGGAUCGUUGGCGCAAACGCCGCAGCUGCUCUCCUGCAGCGUGUGGGGUCGGAGUUCACAUGUGCUGUAG